AUGUCAAUUGCUAAAGCUUCUACUAAGAUUGUUACUUUAAACAAUGGUGUCAAGAUCCCAGCUGUUGGUUUAGGUACUUGGCAAUCAACCGAUAAUGAAGCUUAUGAAGCUGUCUUAUUUGGUCUUAAAAACGGUUACAGACACAUUGAUACUGCUGCCGCUUAUGGUAACGAAGAACAAGUUGGUAAAGCUAUCAAAGAUAGUGGAGUUCCAAGAUCUGAAAUCUUCAUUACUACCAAAUUAUGGGGUACAUUCCAUAAGAACCCAGAGGUUGCUAUCAAGGAAUCCUUAAAGAAAUUAGGAGUUGAUUAUAUUGAUUUAUAUUUGAUUCAUUGGCCUGUUGAAUUAAAUCCAAAUGGUAAUGAUCCAAAAUUCCCAACUUUACCAAGUGGUAAGAGGGAUAUCAUUGCUGAUUCCGAUUAUACUCAUACUUAUGAAUUGGUCCAAGAAUUAGUAGCUAAGGGAUAUACCAAAUCUGUUGGUGUUUCUAAUAUUUCAGUUGAAAAUUUAACUAAAUUGUUAGCCUCUCCAAAGACUAAGAUCAUCCCAACUGUGAAUCAAGUUGAAUUACAUCCAUACUUACCACAACACAAAUUAUUAGAAUUUGCUAAAUCUAAAGGUAUUUAUCUUGAAGCUUAUUCACCAUUAGGAUCUAGUGAUUCACCAUUAUUCAAGGAUGCUACUAUUGUUGAGAUUGCUGAGAAGAAUAAGGUUAGUGCUGCUACUAUUUUAAUUUCAUGGGCUGUUCAAAGAGGUACUAUUGUGUUACCAAAAUCGGUUACCCCAAAGAGAAUUGAAGAUAAUUUAAAGACUAUUGAAUUGAGUGAAGAAGAUUUUGAAGCUAUUAACAAUAUUCAUAAAGUUUCUGGUGUUAAGAGAUUAAUUAAUCCAGAUUGGUCUCCAAUUACUGUUUUCCACAGUGAUGAUUAG